CCCUGGCCAGAGGGCUGGGAAAGGCAAAGGCAGCAAACGGUGACAGGGACUAGCAGCUGUCAGUAAACGCUCCGAACGGCGGAUUGUGCCGGCGCAGCAGUCGCCAAGGCAGCUCCGGGCUGCCCCCGCCUCCGCCUCGCUGAAAUCCCUCGGCAGUGCGAGCAAAAGCGCCGCCUUGACAGCAGCCGCCGCCACUGCCCCCGCCCCCGCCGCAGGGCGCAGAGCACAUCGUCCCUGGGCCCGGCGCGGCAGGACAGCGACCCCCACACCAUGCAGCAGGAAGCGGUCAGCUGCCGCAUGAGCGGCGCGGCCGGGGAGCCCGGCGCCCCGGGGGCGAUCACCCUGGAGGACCUGGACCGCAUGGCCGAGGAGCCGAGCCCCGACUCGCCUUAUCACAGCAGCGGCUGCGGCCAGGGGGACGAGGCCGAGCAGGAGCGCCUGCUCAGCUACUGGCAGAGCGUGGGCAGGGGGCACCAGGUGGACGUGCCCAGGGACAUGGCAGAGCCAAUCCAGCAACUGACGAGAAAUAAUCAACCUCAGGAGAGAGAAAGUAUCCCAUUUACACUGAUACACCGCAAAGAAAAGUUUGGGGAAGUGCUUUACGAAAAACGUCAGUAUGGAAAAGCUAAAUGGGCUUGUAUUAAAAUGCAGGAGGAACAGUAUGAACAGAGCAUAUGUCUGGGAUUCAUGAAGCUUAUGAAAUAUAUUUGUGAGCAGAACUCUUCAGGAUUGUACUUGGGGAUGACUAUACCUAUUGUGACUCUAGUGCAUACUAACGAAUCUCACUCAGAGUUAACACGUUCAGUGACAGUCGCAUACUACCUGCCUGAACUACUGCAGGAGCAGCCACCUCAGCCUUAUGAUUCAGACAUAAUUAUUGAAGAGUGGCCUCCUACUGUUGUUUAUACUAGGAGCUUCAGAGGGGUCACCAAUGAAGACUCUAUAAUGAGAGAAAUAAACUUUUUGGCAGAACUUCUGGAGAGCCCUGAGCUAUGUUUGCAGAAUAUGUUCAUUGUUGCAGGAUUCACCAAUCCAGCUGCUGCAAAUCGACACAAUGAAAUAUGGUUCCUGCAAAGACCGUAGCCUCCCACUUCUGAUACCUAGCAUUAACCAAAUUCAGUAUGUACACAAUGGCGCACUUAAAUUUGCAAGUGAAUCAUGUCAGGCUAGUCAACAGCUUUAUAAGUCUUUGUGAUAAAAUAUACACAAUUUUUAAUCCUACUUUCCUAAACUACAUAUUGCAGUCUGUCAAAUUAGCAUGACAAUAAAUCCAAUAUAGUUAAUGAGCCAUCAGUGUUAAUAUCUGAAAUUUUACUGCCAAUUUUGAAAAAAAAGUCUUAAGAAAUUGUGUAUAUUAGAUACUUCAGUUUUACAGUUUAUCCAUAUUUCUUUGAGAUUUAUAGUACUUUUCAAAUUGAUUCAUGUGAUCUUCUUAAACAGGGGUAAAGUCAAGUCACAAAGGUAUACUUUAUAAAUUCUAGUGUUAAACUGAACUGUUUAGAUUUUUUAAAUAUUAACAUAUUAAAUAUUUUUCCACUACAGCAUCUCUAGGGUGCCCUAAACAUUUAGCUUCAGAUUUUCAAAAGUGCUCAGUGUUGGCCCAACUCUGCUCAAAUUGAAGACCAUAAUAAAAGUUGUGAGCAGAGUUUAGUCAAUGCUGAGUGUUUUUGAAAAAUCCCAUUCUUGAGUACAGGUUUUCCCCACUUUUCUCAAAAAGAUAUUUAACCAAAGUAUGUCACCUUCGAAAUUGUGUGUCCACGAUGCGAAGAGUCAGUUGCAUUGCUCAUUCAAGUUUGGUUAGUAAAUAGUUCAGUUUUUCAUUUUUUUAAAAUUCACUACCACACCCCAAUGUAUGACUGAAUACGGUACACAGCAGACAGAAGAUAGGCAUCAUUCCUGCUCAGCUAUUCAACUUACUGAGCGACGUGAACUUUAAAAAGUAAAGCUUUGCCUAGAUAUUCAGAAUAUAGUAAUCAAGGCAGAUUAAUUGGCAUCACAGAAACUUGAAGGAAUAAGUCUCCUGACUGAAAUAUUGGUAUUUAGGGGUACAGCUUGUUCAGUAAGGACAGGAAGGGCAAAAACUGAGGAGGUCCAGAUGGAGAUGGGAGGCAGAUCAGCUGAAAGUCUCUGGGUAAAGAUAAAAGGGGGAGAAAAUGUGUGUGACAUCAUGGUAGCAGUCAAAUAUAGACCACCACGAAGAGGUGAUGAGGAAUCUCUAGAAAAGACAACAGAAAUAUCAAACACAAGACUGGAUGGUAAUGGGGGAAUAACUAGGUAGACAUCCGUUGGAAAAGUAAUAUGGCAAAGCACAAGUUAUUGGAAGGUACUGGGAACAACUUGGUGUUUCAGAAAGUGCAGGAAGUAACCAAGGGACAGCCAUUUUAGACCUGAUUCCAACCAAUGAGGAGGAAUUGGUAGGGAAUCUGAGGGUUGAAGGCAAUUUGGGAUAGAAUCUACCAUUUCUUGAUCAGUUUAAGGAAAGAGGAGGGAGAGCAGCAGAAUAAGGACACUGCACGUCAAACAAGCAGACUUUAACAAACUCAGAACUGGCAGGUAAAGUUCCAUGGGAAGAAAAAUCUAAGCGAUGAAGGAGUUCAGGAAACCUGGCAGUUUCUCAAGGAGACAAUAUUAUAGGCAGAACAGUCAUCUAUCCCAAGUGAAGGAAAUAUAGGAAGAAUAGCGAGGGUCAAAUAUGGCUCCAUCAUGAGAUCUUCAAGGACAUGAACAUCAAAAAGGAAUCCUACAAAAAGUGGAAACAUGGACAAACUACUAGGGAGCAGUACAAAAAGAGGAACAGCACAAGCACAUAGGGACAAAAUCAGAAAGGCUAAGGCACAAAGUCCGUUACACUGAGCAAGGGAUAUAAAAGGCAAUAAGAAAAUGUUCUUUAGCUAUAUUAGAAGGAAGAGAAAGAUGAAGGAAAGCAUAGGUUCUCUACUUAGCAGGGAAAGAAAGCUAAUAACUGAUGACAUCACCAACGCUGAUGUGUUUAAUUCCUGCUUUGCUUUAGUAUUCAUUAAAUACUCAACAUAAUUAAUAUUGACAACAAGAGGGAAGGAACACAAGCGAAAAGAAGAAAAUAACAGGUUAAAGAAUAUUUAUCUAAAUAAAUGUAUUCAAGUUGGCAGGGCUGAUUAAAUUCAUCCUGCAGUACUUAAACUAGCUGAAGCAAUCUUUGCGCAAUUUGCAACUAUCUUUGACAUCUUAUGGAGGUUGGGUGAGUCCCAUAGGACUGGAGAAGGGACAAUGUAGUAAAUAUUCUCUAAUAAACUUUUAAAUCUAGCUUUAAAAAGGGAAACAAGAGGACCUGAGGAAUUCUAGACCACUCAGCCUAACACUGAUACGUGAAAGAUGCUGGAACAAAUUUUUAAUCAGUUUGUAAGUCCCUGGACGAUAAUAAGGUUAUAAAAGAUAGCCAGCACAGAUUUAUCAAGAACAAAUCAUGCCAAAUCAACCAAACUUAAUUCUUUGACAGGGUUAUUGGAGGGCUAUUAGAGAGUUAUAGGAGGAAAGAUGUGAUAUAUCUUGAUUUUAGUAAGGCUUUUGACACAGAUCCAUAUGACAUUCUCAU